AUGGCAACUCCCACAAACAACCGGAAACCUGGAGUUAUAAUCUUAGGAGGAUGUGGUUUCAUUGGAAGGAACCUUGCGGCUUACCUGGUAGAAAAAGAACUAGUUUCUUACAUUCGAAUAGUAGAUAAAGUACCUCCACAAACUGCUUGGCUUAAUAAAAAACACCAAUUAAUAUUUGAGAAUCCAAUAAUUGAAUUCAAAAGUGCUAAUCUAAUCAACCCUGUUUCAUGUCAAAAUGCUUUUGUUGCUGAUGUCCCGAUUGAUUAUGUUUUCAAUUGUGCGGGAGAAACUAAGAGCGGCCAAACAGAUCCUGUGUACCGAGAAGGUAUUUAUAAAUUGAGCAUCAAUUGUGCUCAACAUGCUGCAAAACUUGGUGUCAAACGGUUUGUCGAAAUUUCGACGGGUAAUAUGAGCUCAUCGGAAAAGGCUCCCCACAAAGAAGAUGACCCAACAGAUCCAUGGACAUUUAUUGCUAAGCAUAAACUACAAGUAGAAAAUGAUUUAAAAAACAUUCCAGGACUUAAAUACACAAUACUCCGUCCAGCAAUUGUUUACGGAAUAGCUGAUAAGAGUGGUCUAGCUCCGCGUCUGGUCGUUGGUGCUGUUUACAAACAUUUAGGAGAAAUGAUGAAGUUACUGUGGGGACCAAGUCUUCACAUGAAUACAGUUCAUAUUAUUGAUGUUGCUAGAGCAUUAUGGCACGUAGCUAUCAGAGAUGACACUAUUAGUCAGGUUUAUAAUGUGGUUGAUGAAGAUGAUUCAACCCAAGGUUCUAUAAGUGCUAUGGUUUCAGAGUUAUUUAAUAUUAACCAUGACUAUUGGGGUAAUACACUUUCUACGUUGGCAAAGACGGAUAUGAGUACAGUUGUUGAAGAAGUUAAUGAUAAACACAUGGGUCCGUGGGCAGAAGCUUGUAAUAAGGAUGGUAUAGAAAAUAGUCCUUUGUCGCCAUACAUUGAUCAAGAGUUGCUUUACAACAAACAUCUCUACUUAUAUAAUGGAAAGCUGUUAAAAACUGGGUUUAAUUACAACUAUCCAAAAGUUACCAAGGAAUUAUUAAAAGAGAUUCUCGAUGACUAUGUAACGAUGAAAAUCUUUCCACAUUCUCUAAUGCUGUAA